AUGGCCUCAAGGCUGGCCCCAUAUCCUGGCACGGUUGCCACCGCCACUACUAGAGACUGUGCUCAGGACUGUGCUCAGGACUGUGCUCAGGACUGUGCUCAGGACUGUGCUCAGGACUGUGCUCAGGACUGUGCUCAGGACUGUGCUCAGGACUGUGCUCAGGACUGUGCUCAGGACUGUGCUCAGGACUGUGCUCAGGACUGUGCUCAGGACUGUGCUCAGGACUGUGCUCAGGACUGUGCUCAGGACUGUGCUCAGGACUGUGCUCAGGACUGUGCUCAGGACUGUGCUCAGGACUGUGCUCAGGACUGUGCUCAGGACUGUGCUCAGGACUGUGCUCAGGACUGUGCUCAGGACUGUGCUCAGGACUGUGCUCAGGACUGUGCUCAGGACUGUGCUCAGGACUGUGCUCAGGACUGUGCUCAGGACUGUGCUCAGGACUGUGCUCAGGACUGUGCUCAGGACUGUGCUCAGGACUGUGCUCAGGACUGUGCUCAGGACUGUGCUCAGGACUGUGCUCAGGACUGUGCUCAGGACUGUGCUCAGGACUGUGCUCAGGACUGUGCUCAGGACUGUGCUCAGGACUGUGCUCAGGACUGUGCUCAGGACUGUGCUCAGGACUGUGCUCAGGACUGUGCUCAGGACUGUGCUCAGGACUGUGCUCAGGACUGUGCUCAGGACUGUGCUCAGGACUGUGCUCAGGACUGUGCUCAGGACUGUGCUCAGGACUGUGCUCAGGACUGUGCUCAGGACUGUGCUCAGGACUGUGCUCAGGACUGUGCUCAGGACUGUGCUCAGGACUGUGCUCAGGACUGUGCUCAGGACUGUGCUCAGGACUGUGCUCAGGACUGUGCUCAGGACUGUGCUCAGGACUGUGCUCAGGACUGUGCUCAGGACUGUGCUCAGGACUGUGCUCAGGACUGUGCUCAGGACUGUGCUCAGGACUGUGCUCAGGACUGUGCUCAGGACUGUGCUCAGGACUGUGCUCAGGACUGUGCUCAGGACUUCGGCGUCUUCUGGGGGUUCCCCGGCGACGCCGGCGUGGUCGUUGCGAAGUCGGCGCAGGUGGAGGUCGGCAGUGGUGGCUGGCGGUCGUGA